CGCGACCCCGACCGCGACCCCAGCCCGCGCGGCUCCUCAGCCGCCUUCGCGUCAGAAGGGGCGGGCGAGGCCUGAGGCGGCUCCGCCUCUUGAGGGGCCGGCUGGAGCACUCUUGUUUUGCUUUGAUAGCUCCUGGAGCCCCCCGUGUUUACUUACAAGUGUGUUUCCCUCCCGGGGCGGGAGCUGGUGGCCAGCGCGCGUGUAGCCGCGUGUCCACAGCGACACGACCUGCAGCCCCGCGGGCCCGGUGCCGGCGCCCGCGCCCGCUCUCGGGUCUCGGCCACUCACCCGGCCGGAAGUCUUACGCCCUGCGCCCACGAGUCUGGGGUGGGCUUUCUCGGAUUUAGGGAACAUCACGGGGGUAUUUUUUUUUCAGACCCAGAUUCGGUUCCUGCUGGAACUUCCCGGCCCCGGAUUCCCCGGGGACGUGGUGGAGAUCAGGCGCUCCGACUGUAAGGACCUCUCGGCCGAGACUCGGGAUUUGUGACAAAGUCCAGUUUUUAACAAUGCUGAAAUCAAAUGACGCCUUGUUUUCCUUGGAUAAUUUGUUUUUUGAAAAAACAGAUGAAGCUGAAAACCAUCCAGACAAUGAAAAAUCUUUGGAUUGGUUUCUGCCACCUGCUCCAUUGAUUUCGGGAAUUCCAGAGACUCAAGCAUUAGAGGAAGAAAUGGAAAAUCAUAAACUGUUAGGUCAGAGAAAGAGGUCAAAAAUGUUACCAUCAAAUUUGAAGAUCACUAAUGAAGACACAAAUUAUAUUUCACAAACACAAAAAUUCCAAUUUGCCUUCCCUUAUAAUGAAUAUGAAGAAGAUGAUCUAAAUUUUGGAGGGGCAGGUAACAAUGACUUACAUGUUGCUGGCAAGCUGACAUAUGGUUCUUCUCAGAAAUGGAAAAAUCACACUGGCACUGAGAUAGCACUUGAGAAAAAUGUUCCAGAUGAUACGAAGUUAAUUAAUUUUGCACAAGAUAAAGGAGAGAGCACGUCAGCCUUCUGCAAGAGAUUAUUUAAAAUAUCUGACAAUAUACAUGGAAGUGCUUAUUCCAAUGACAGAGUAAACUUGGACUCUCAUACUGACUCAGUGAAAACUGUCCAAAUGGAAAUGAGCAAAGGGAAAUCAUGGAAAUAUAGCAAUAGUAAGCAGAAACCUCAAUAUUCAGACAUUAAUAUGUUUAGAGCCAGUGAUACUUUUUCUGCUUCUGAAAUCAGAGAAGGCAUAAUCAAAGGACCAUCUUUUUCAGUUGCCUCCCAGCCUCAUGAAGUUCAAGGGGUAACAGAAAAUGGUUUCAAUUCCUUGAAGGCUGUCACAGAAAUCCCGGCAAAAUUUAGAAGUAUUUUCAAAGAAUUCCCGUAUUUCAACUAUAUACAGUCCAAAGCCUUUGAUGAUCUUCUUUAUACAGAUAGGAAUUUUGUGAUUUGUGCUCCAACUGGUUCGGGGAAAACUGUAUUGUUUGAGCUAGCUAUAACAAGAUUGUUAAUGGAAGUACCAUUGCCAUGGUCGAACAUUAAAAUUGUUUACAUGGCACCAAUAAAAGCCCUGUGUAGUCAGCGUUUUGAUGAUUGGAAAGAAAAAUUUGGACCAAUAGGAUUGAACUGUAAAGAACUCACUGGAGAUACAGUAAUGGAUGACUUAUUUGAGAUUCAGCAAGCCCAUAUUAUUAUGACAACUCCAAUACACGUUGUAAAAGAUGAAAAUCGUGGACCAACUCUUGAAGUUGUAGUCAGCAGAAUGAAAACUGUGCAGUUUUUAUCUCAUGCUGUAGAAAAUACCAGCAGUAUUAUUCCAAUGAGAUUUGUAGCUGUAUCUGCAACAAUUCCAAAUGCUGAGGAUAUUGCAGAAUGGCUUUCAGAUGGUGAAAGAUCUGCUGUAUGUCUGAAAAUGGAUGAGGGACAUAGACCAGUGAAACUUGAGAAAGUGGUCCUUGGAUUUCCCUGCAGUAAUAACCAAACCGAAUUUAAGUUUGAUUUAACCCUCAACUACAAAGUUGCCAGUGUUAUACAAACGUACUCUGAUCAGAAACCCACGCUUGUGUUUUGUGCAACAAGGAAAGGUGUGCAACAGGCUGCUUCUGUUCUUGUGAAAGAUGCGAAAUUUAUUAUGACUGUGGAACAGAAACAGAGGUUACAUAAGUGUGCAUAUUCCAUAAGAGAUUCAAAACUGAGAGAUAUCUUAAUACAUGGUGUUGCUUAUCAUCAUGCUGGUAUGGAGCUGUCAGAUAGAAAAGUAGUUGAAGGAGCUUUUACUGUUGGAGAUCUACCAGUUCUUUUUACUACCAGUACCUUAGCCAUGGGAGUAAAUUUGCCUGCUCACCUAGUAGUUAUAAAAUCUACAAUGCAUUAUGCUGGAGGAAUGUUUGAAGAGUACAGUGAAACAGACAUUCUACAGAUGAUUGGUAGAGCUGGUCGACCUCAAUUUGACACUACAGCUACCGCAGUUAUUAUGACUCGGUUAAGUACAAAAGAGAAGUAUAUUCAGAUGCUAGCUUGUAGUGACACUGUAGAAAGCAGUUUGCACAGACAUCUUAUUGAGCAUUUAAAUGCGGAGAUAGUAUUGCAUACCAUCACAGAUGUGAAUAUUGCUUUGGAAUGGAUACGAUCAACCUUGCUUUAUAUCAGAGCCUUGAAAAAUCCAUCUCAUUAUGGUUUUGCAUCUGGAUUGAGCAAAGAUGGAAUUGAAUCAAAAUUACAAGAAUUAUGUUUGAAGAAUCUGAAUGAUUUAUCAUCUCUGGACCUGAUAAAGAUGGAUGAAGAUGUUAAUUUCAAACCAACUGAGGCAGGAAGAUUGAUGGCUUGGUAUUAUAUUACAUUUGAGACAGUGAAGAAAUUUUGUACAAUCAGUGGAAAAGAAACUUUAUUGGAUCUGGUCACAAUGAUAGCCAGCUGCAAGGAAUUUCUAGAUAUACAGUUAAGAACAAAUGAAAAGAAAACACUGAAUACUUUGAACAAAGAUCCAAAUCGGAUAACUAUCAGAUUUCCAAUGGGAGGAAGAAUUAAAACAAGAGAAAUGAAAAUAAAUUGUCUUAUUCAGGCUCAGCUAGGAUGCAUUCCCAUACAAGACUUUGCUUUGACACAAGAUACUUCGAAGAUUUUCAGAAAUGGCUCACGAAUUACAAGAUGGUUGUCAGAUUUUAUGGCUAUUCAAGAAAAGUUUGCUGUACUGUUGAACAGUUUGAUUUUAGCGAAGUGUUUUAGAUGUAGACUUUGGGAAAACUCUCUGCAUGUAUCCAAACAGCUGGAAAAAAUCGGUGUAACAUUAUCAAAUGCUAUGGUAAAUGCAGGUUUGACUACCUUUAAAAAGAUAGAAGAAACAGAUGCAAGGAAACUUGAACUGAUUUUAAAUAGACAUCCCCCGUUUGGAACUCAGAUAAAAGAAACAGUGAUGUAUCUACCAAAAUAUGAACUUGAAGUGGAACAGAUUGCAAGAUAUAGUGAUACCAUGGCAGAAAUAUUAGUGACUGUUAUAUUAAGAAAUUUUGAACAGCUACAAACUAAAAGAACAGCACCAGAUUCCCACUACGUUACCUUAAUCAUAGGUGAUGCAGAUAAUCAACUGGUUUCUAAGCACAAAAUUAUGGAUUCUGUUUUGCUAAAAGCUGGAAAUUGGGCUAAAAAGAUUGAUGUGAGGCGAGCUCUUAAAUCUGAAGAUCUUAGCAUAAAUCUAAUUAGUUCUGAAUAUGUUGGACUUGAUAUACAGCAGAAAUUUACAGUCUUUUACUUAGGACCCAAGAGAUUUGGAAAUCAAAUACUUAUGCGAAAAAAACCAGAAACAGAGAUGUCCCAUUUUAAACAUUCAAUAGCAGGGCCCAGUAAAGGAAUGACUGCCUGCAAAAAACCUGGGAACCGAGAAUGUAAACAUCACUGUAAAAAUAAACAUACAUGUGGACACGACUGCUGUAAAAAUGGAGUUGCACAGAAGUCAGAAAUGAAAGAGUCAACAGUGUCUUCAUAUUUAUCUGAUUUAAGAAACAGAAAUGCUGUUUCAUCUCUUCCUCCAGUGAAACGUCUAAAGAUGCAGAUGAAUAAAUCUCAAAGUGUGGACCUUAAAGAGUUUGGUUUUACUCCAAAACCUUCUCUUACCAGUGUAUCAAGGUCAGAAUAUUUAAACAUACCCGAAUUGCCUAUAAUGGAGCAGAGGUAUCAGCAUGAGAUCUACACAGAAGGUCAACAACCAGAACCAUCUGCAUAUCAAGACAAAGAUUUUUCUAGACGGACCUAUUCUACAACUUCAAAUGAGAAAGCCCCUCAAACAAUGCUGUUCAACAGAAAUCUUAAUUCAUCUGAAAACCAGGAUUUGACAGAUGCGGUUAAAAGUAAUUCUUCAUUUUCAGAAGUUUUGAAUGUGAACUUUGAAUUGGGAAAUGAAGUUUGGGAUGAUUUUGAUGAUGAAAGCUUAAUAGAAGUUACUAGCUUUUCAACUGAUACCGAGAAGACAAAAACAUCAGGAUUUGGAAACCCUUUGAGUUCAAGAACCAGGGAAAGUAAGCUACCCUUUGAAGAAUCAAAAAGCAAAUUCCAAAGAGAAAUGUCAAACAGUUUUGUUUCAUCACAUGAGAAGCCAGAUAUUUAUUUAUCAAAUUCUGCUAUGUCCAAGUUUGCUGCAUCCUCCAUGACAAAAUUACCUCAACAAGCUGGAAAUGUCCAUUUACAAGAAAUAAAACAACAAAGUCUGUCGCCAGAGAUUGAAAAGCUGUACUUUACUCACUCUGAAAAAAUACCAAGCUCUUCAAAUUUUGUUAAGAAUGUGGAUUGCUUUAUUAGAAACAAUGAACAUAAAAAGGAGAUUGAUUUGAGUCGGUAUUAUCCUGAGGAUGAAGCUGAUGAAAUGAAGUCUUUUCUGGGAAUAUUUGAUGGUAUUUUCUAAAACAAUCAGACAAAAAUGCUUUUUAUAUUAAUAAGACAAAGCAUUAAAGACACUUAAUUACAAAGCAUGAUUUUUAUUUUUAAAAAGUAGUUCAUAUUUGUUCAGAUUUUUUUUCUCUUGGAUUUGACUAGCUUUGUUGACUCUUUUGCAACAAAAUAUUUGGACUGAUUU